AUGAGUCCAUGCCAGGAAUUUACCUUUGUCAUCCCUGACCAGCACAUCGCCAGAGCGCGCGAGGUCCUCCUCACAGCAAACUUUGCCUCCUGUUGCCAGGAUGAUUGCCGCCUCGUCCAGCCGACUAACCGCUCCCCGCGUCCCUAUGCACACUUCAUCCUCGCCAACAUGGAACGACCCUCUGAUGAGAUCCCCGGAUGGCAUUACUUUCGCCUGGACCUGCACAAAAAGUCUCAACUGUUGUGGACAUUGCCAGAUAUCCCACUAGGGGCGCCUGCUCCGGACAAUCCAAACUACAUGCUAGUCACUGACAAUCAGCUCGACAAGUACAACCCAAGGAGUGGGUUAGGCCGCGAACCAUACACUCACCACCCUGUCAAGAUUCCCACGCUUCCGCGCUACGCGGAGUCGUUGGCCUAUAUGUAUCUUCGCGAGUGCUUACCUAGGCCUGGGGGAUGCAGCCGAGCAGGGUUUUGGCUUCGUGAAAUGAGCUACAUUGGUCAGUACUGUAGGCUACAGACCGCUGACCUUGAGGCUCGCAUUCAACGCUUAUGGCAGCUUCAGUACCACCCUAGUGGUCUUCAUCGAAUGUUUCGUCAUGGCGACAGACUGGCGGCGGAAUUGAGCAACGCAAAUUUCUUCCCUCUGGAGGAGGAAGAAGGGGAAUAG